AUGCAUUCUUCUCCCUCAAAUGGACAGCAGUAUCACCAGUCUGGAUCUCCGCUCUCACCGGUACAAUACCCCCAUGGAGGUGACAAUGUAAGCUACAAUGAGGCAUCGCCCAGCUCACAGCAUCUACAUCCGUCUGCUGCUGCUUCUCCAGGGAUGACCAGCCAGGAUUACGGCUCGCCAGUCACUCCGCCAGGCAGAUCUGGCUCUGGCAGCCCGCGAUCGCGGCCAGGGACGUCAGAGAAUUACGGAAACCCUCCUGUUCCUCCACCACGGUCCUCGUCUAAUAACAAGACCCAUACGAGUCCACAUGAAACCUCAAGACAGGGCAAACGUCGAGAAAACGGUAGAAACCGUGGAGACCGGGAACAUGGCGAAGAGCGGGCCAAGGAUGACAUGAGCCCCCCCAGCAAGCCCCGUCGUAAAACACCCCAUUCGCCAGAAGGGCCCCAGAGAGCCGCUAGCACUCGGGAACCAAGAGAUUACUCUUCAGCCACCGCCCUGGAAAGUCGAUCAGAAGCUGCAAUGGGCCCUAGUUCUGUUCCCAGCGGUCCUGUUCAUGAACCAAGUGUCGUCCUUGACCGUAUGAUUGUGACAAACCCAGACAUUGAUAUUGCGCGAGAACAGCAGCGCCAGGAGAAUGUAGACGUCCAAAAUACUAGACAUGCUACCGGCCUUGUCGAAGAAAGAGACCUGCCAGAAGACGACGACGAGGGAACGACUAUUCCCAAGAGCAGACAUGAUACCUCUGGUGGGAAGCGGAAGGAGACCUCCUUUGGAGACUACAUCCUUGGCCAGACCCUUGGAGAAGGUGAGUUCGGCAAAGUACGACUUGGAUGGAAACGAGAUGGAAGCGUACAGGUUGCCAUCAAGUUGAUCCGCCGCGAGACCCUGGGUACCAACCCUGGCCGGCUGCCCAAGAUCAACCGUGAAAUAUCCGUCCUCAAGAAGCUGUCUCACCCCAACAUUGUCCGCAUCCACGAAAUUGUCCACACGGAUCGUCACAUCGGUAUCAUCCUCGAAUAUGCUUCAGGCGGUGAACUCUUUGACUACAUUCUUAACCACCGCUACCUAAAAGAUAAUGCAGCCCGUCGUCUAUUUGCCCAACUAGUCUCUGGAGUAGGCUACCUGCACAAGAUGGGCAUCGUUCACCGUGACCUGAAACUAGAAAACUUGCUUUUAGAUCGAAACCGCAAUAUUAUCAUUACCGAUUUUGGGUUUGCGAAUACAUUUAAUCCGAGUGAUGAGCUUAGUGAGGAAAUCGAAUACAACCUCACCAAUCGAGACUUUGUCAAGCAGAUGCGCCUGGACAGAAUGGAUGCCAAUGGCCUCAGACGUGGAGAUCUCAUGCAAACUAGCUGUGGCAGCCCCUGUUAUGCGGCUCCUGAGCUCGUCGUGAGUGAUUCGCUCUACACGGGGCGAAAAGUUGACGUUUGGAGCUGUGGUGUCAUUCUCUACGCCAUGCUUGCUGGAUAUCUUCCGUUCGACGAUGACCCGGCAAACCCAGAUGGAGACAAUAUCAAUCUUCUCUACAAGUAUAUUGUGACAACUCCUCUUACCUUCCCGGAAUAUGUCACUCCUCAUGCUCGUGACCUUCUACGUCGCAUCUUGGUGCCUGAUCCCCGAAAGCGUGCAGACCUCUUUGAAGUUGCGCGCCACAGCUGGCUUGCUGAAUAUGCCACAGUUGUCUCCCACAUCACCAGCAACACCACGGAUGUAGCUGACAUUGCAAACACGACCGUCCCGUCAGAAGAAGAGAAACUAGAGACACCCCUUCUUGAACGUAGUGCAUCUGUCCGGGAACCACCAAAGACUCAUUCCCAGAACGCCACUACUGUUCUCGGUGGACUUACCCAGCAGCAAGGACAAGUAUCACAGACGCCAGGUGAGAAGCCAAAACGGACCCGAGAUGCCAAACGUAGAACUGUUCAAGUUGAAUACGUUGCUCCCCAAUCUUCAACUUCUAGAGGCGGUUCCACCCCGGAGCAACAAAGCUCGCCUAGUGGUCAAGCAUCUACCGUUCAUGCCCCAGCUCCUGUCGCUACUCGCACCUCUGCUGCUUCCGCUCCAUCAACGAGCCAGGGAGCCGUCAGAGGCGAGCCUCAACUUGACAAGCCACUGCCUAAGCCCGUUAUUGAUCGCAACCGCGAGAGGAUGGGCUACACCAACAACUAUGCAGAUCGCAAUCAAGGAAGACCACAGACUGGAGGCUCCAUGGCUUCGGCUGGUCGAAUGGAGUCUAGACUACCAUCUCGAGGGUCUUACAGUCAGCCCGUUGCACCCGCCGUUGCCGCAACCAAUGUAGAAGGAAAACUCGCCCAGCCAAAGAAUGGUAAACCAUACAACAUCUCGGCUCCUAUGCCUGUACCACAUGGCCAGAUUGCCGCUUCCGUGGGUCACCCAACCACCCUAUCUGGUGCUCCGACUGGUCCGGCUGGCCCAGCCCAACAGACAUCAAAGAGCCAUAAGAGGUCCAGCACCGUUACCAGCAUCAGUGAGAAGCUGUUUGGAAGGCCAGCUUCCUCUAUUUUUGGAGGUAAAUCUCCUUCUCCUGGCUCUCCUCGUCUGAAACCAGGUGGCAAACGUUAUCCCCCCACGAGCAUGAAAGACCCCUAUGCGGUGAUGGACGAACCACGCGCAUCCGUUGACUCUAGACGCUCAAUCUCGCAUGCUUUCAGGAGGCAGAGUGAUGCCCAUUACACCUCUCGACCUCGCCGGUUCUCCCUCUUGCCAUCACUCUCAAAGGCCUUCUCAUCGAACAAGGAACAGCCAGCUGCUGAAGAUACUAGCCCUACUCACGUUGACGACUUCCUCUACACUCAGCAGGGCGAACAACAGCCCCAGCCCCAACGAGAACGACGUCUAUCUACCGCGCCUGCAGCCGUACCUUCGGCUCACCUGGGCCAAAUGAAUGAUCAGGACAGCGAGAUGUAUAAGGAUAGACAGUCUGUCUCUAGGGACUAUCAGGUUGACGCCAUGAACCUGUCUGCUCAAAUUGAUCGCCAAUUCGCCACCUUACAUAGUAGCCAGGAGGGACAAAUAAACAAUGCCUUUGAACCGAGCUACCCGCAUGGUAAUCAAGACGAUGAGAUGGUCGGUGUCGCAAGUUCCAGCUCUCAACCACCACAGAUUCAAGGGUAUCCCGAUUCACAAACUCAGGGCUAUGGGCAGGAGUUGCUCCAGCAACAGCAACUACAGCAACAGCAGUACGACCAUCCGUUUGAAAACGGUUCUCGCCCAUCAAUGCAAGCUGGCCGACCCCCGAGAAACAAUAUUCUCCAGAAAGGCCACCGCAAGUUUGCUGAUGCUUAUGAGUUUGAGAAGGCCCCCUCGCAUACCUCCGGUAGCUCAGGCGCUGCGAGAAAGGUGAUGGACUUCUUUAGACGACGUGGGAAAGCCAGAGCCGGUGAAGAUCGGUAG